GCGAGGCCCCCUCGCCGGGCUGCACGGGCCGCCGGGCCCCCAGGCUGAGAGGGGGCCGGAGCGGCGCCCCCGCCGCCCGCGCGGGGUCUCCCCCAUGGUGCAGCGGGGUUCGGGAUGUCGAAGACGCUGAAGAAGAAGAAGCACUGGCUCAGCAAGGUGCAGGAGUGCGCGGUGUCCUGGGCCGGGCCCCCGGGCGACUUGGGCGCGGAGAUCCGGGGCGGCGCGGAGCGCGGCGAGUUCCCCUACCUGGGGCGGCUCCGGGAGGAGCCCGGCGGGGGCACCUGCUGCGUCGUCUCGGGCAAGGCGCCCAGCCCCGGGGAUGUGCUGCUGGAGGUGAACGGGACGCCUGUCAGCGGGCUCACCAACCGGGACACCCUGGCUGUCAUCCGCCACUUCCGAGAGCCCAUCCGUCUCAAGACUGUGAAGCCAGGCAAAGUCAUUAAUAAAGAUUUGCGACAUUACCUGAGUCUUCAGUUUCAGAAAGGAUCAAUUGACCACAAAUUGCAGCAAGUGAUCAGAGAUAAUCUCUACUUGAGAACCAUUCCGUGCACUACAAGGGCCCCCAGGGAUGGGGAAGUACCAGGGGUGGACUAUAAUUUCAUUUCUGUUGAACAGUUCAAAGCACUGGAAGAGAGUGGCGCAUUAUUAGAAAGUGGAACGUAUGAUGGAAACUUCUAUGGAACUCCCAAACCUCCAGCAGAACCCAGCCCUUUCCAGCCAGAUCCAGUUGAUCAGGUCCUCUUUGAUAAUGAGUUUGACACAGAAUCCCAAAGAAAGCGAACCACCUCUGUCAGCAAGAUGGAGAGAAUGGACAGCUCUCUUCCUGAAGAGGAAGAAGAUGAGGACAAGGAAGCUAUUAAUGGCAGCGGAAAUGCGGAAAACAGAGAGAGGCAUUCUGAGUCCUCUGAUUGGAUGAAGACUGUCCCGAGUUAUAACCAAACAAAUAGCUCCAUGGACUUCAGAAAUUAUAUGAUGAGAGAUGAGAACCUGGAACCACUGCCCAAAAACUGGGAAAUGGCCUACACCGACACGGGGAUGAUCUACUUCAUUGACCACAAUACCAAGACAACCACCUGGUUGGAUCCUCGUCUUUGUAAGAAAGCCAAAGCCCCUGAAGACUGUGAAGAUGGAGAACUUCCUUAUGGCUGGGAGAAAAUAGAGGACCCUCAGUAUGGGACAUACUAUGUUGAUCACCUUAACCAGAAAACCCAGUUUGAAAAUCCAGUGGAGGAAGCCAAACGGAAAAAGCAGUUAGGACAGGCUGAUACCGGGCCUUCAAAACCAGAUAUGGAAAAAUCCCACUUUACUCGAGAUCCAUCACAGCUGAAAGGCAUCCUUAUUCGAGCAUCAUUGAAGAAAAGCACAAUGGGAUUUGGUUUUACCAUUAUUGGUGGAGAUAGACCUGAUGAGUUCCUACAAGUGAAAAAUGUGCUGAAAGAUGGUCCUGCAGCUCAGGAUGGGAAAAUUGCACCAGGUGAUGUUAUUGUAGAUAUCAAUGGCAACUGUGUCCUUGGUCACACUCAUGCAGAUGUUGUCCAGAUGUUUCAAUUGGUACCUGUCAAUCAGUAUGUAAACCUCACUUUAUGUCGUGGGUAUCCACUCCCUGACGACAAUGAAGAUCCUGUUGUGGACAUUGUUGCUGCUACGCCUGUCAUCAACGGACAGUCAUUAACCAAGGGAGAGACUUGUGUGAAUACUCAGGAUUUUAAGUCAGGAGCAGUGGUUCUGGACCAGAAUGGAAAACCGGGACAUGCCUUGAUCAGUGACCGUCUCAAUGGACCAUCAGACCCGAGCGAGCAGAGAGCAUCGAUGGCAUCAUCAGGCAGCUCCCAGCCUGAACUAGUGACUAUCCCUCUGAUUAAGGGCCCUAAAGGCUUUGGGUUUGCAAUUGCUGACAGCCCAACAGGACAGAAGGUCAAAAUGAUAUUGGAUAGUCAGUGGUGUCAAGGCCUACAGAAGGGGGAUAUAAUUAAGGAAAUUUACCAUCAAAAUGUGCAGAAUUUAACACAUCUCCAAGUGGUAGAGGUGCUAAAGCAGUUUCCAGUAGGUGCAGAUGUACCAUUGCUUAUCUUGAGAGGAGGUCCUCCUUCACCAACUAAAACUGCCAAGAUGAAAACAGAUAAAAAGGAAAAUUCAGGAAGUUUGGAGGCCAUAAAUGAGCCCAUUCCCCAGCCUAUGCCUUUUCCACCCAGCAUUAUCAGGUCAGGAUCCCUGAAAUUGGAUCCUUCUGAGGUCUACCUGAAAUCUAAGACUUUAUAUGAAGAUAAACCACCAAACACCAAAGACUUGGAUGUUUUUCUUCGGAAGCAGGAGUCGGGGUUUGGCUUCCGGGUACUGGGAGGCGAGGGGCCGGACCAGUCUAUAUACAUUGGGGCCAUCAUUCCUCUGGGCGCAGCUGAGAAAGAUGGCCGGCUCCGUGCAGCUGAUGAACUGAUGUGCAUCGAUGGGAUUCCUGUUAAAGGGAAGUCACACAAACAAGUCUUAGACCUCAUGACGACGGCUGCUCGAAAUGGCCACGUGCUAUUAACCGUCAGAAGAAAGAUCUUCUAUGGUGAGAAACAACCUGAGGCUGACAGCUCUCAAGCCUUCCUUUCGACCCAGAAUGGCUCUCCCCGCCUGAACCGAGCAGAGGUCCCAGCCAGGCCUGCUCCGCAGGAGGCCUACGACGUAGUCUUGCACCGAAAAGAAAAUGAAGGAUUUGGCUUCGUCAUCCUCACCUCCAAAAACAAACCCCCUCCAGGAGUAAUUCCUCAUAAAAUUGGCCGAGUCAUAGAAGGAAGUCCAGCCGAUCGCUGUGGAAAACUGAAAAUUGGAGAUCACAUCUCUGCGGUGAACGGGCAGUCCAUUGUUGAACUGUCCCAUGAUAGCAUCGUUCAGCUGAUCAAAGAUGCUGGUGUCACCGUCACACUAACGGUCAUUGCUGAGGAGGAGCAUCAUGGCCCGCCGUCAGGAACAAACUCCGCCCGGCAAAGCCCCGCCCUGCAGCACAGACCCAUGGGACAGUCACAGGCCAACCACGUACCUGGGGACAGAGGUGCCGUAGAAGGUGAAAUCGGGAAAGACGUCUCCGCCUCUUACCGACACUCAUGGUCUGACCACAAGCACCUUGCCCAGCCUGACGCCGCCAUGGUUUCCGUUGUAGGCAGCCGACACAAUCAGAGCCUUGGCUGUUACCCAGUGGAGCUAGAGCGAGGCCCCCGGGGAUUUGGGUUCAGCCUCCGCGGGGGGAAGGAGUACAACAUGGGGCUGUUCAUCCUGCGUCUGGCUGAGGAGGGCCCCGCCAUCAAAGACGGCAGGAUCCACGUUGGUGACCAGAUCGUUGAAAUCAAUGGGGAACCUACACAAGGUAUCACGCAUACUCGAGCGAUUGAACUCAUUCAGGCUGGUGGGAAUAAAGUUCUUCUACUUUUGAGGCCAGGGACUGGCCUGAUACCUGACCACGGUGAUUGGGAUAUUAAUAAUAAUCCUUCGUCUUCAAAUGUGAUUUAUGAUGAGCAGUCACCAUUUCCCCCAGCGUCACAUUCCGCUUCCGUAUUUGAGGGGUCCCCCAUGCCAGUAACUGAAGAAUCUUUAAUGAGAGCUCAGAUAUGUGAAAAGACAGAGGAAUUAAAGGGCGGUGUGCCUGAAAAGAAAAGCACUUUAAAUGAAAAUCAGCCUGAUAAAAAGCAGCACUCUUUUCUCCAGAAAAAUGUGAAUAAAAGGGAUCCACCCGGCAGUCAUGGGCAUGGUGACAAGAAAAAUCUCUUAAAAGUAGAAACUGGCGUUACACAAAGAGGUAGAUCUGCUAGUCCCAGGAAGCCAGCCAGCCGACAUGCAGAAGAACGUUCGGACAAGAUUCCCAGUCCUCCCACCACUGACCCCAAGAGAAGACCCAGAGACCGGUCCCUCAGCCCCAGGAAAGGGGACAGUAAAAGUGGUCAGACCGGCAGCAGGGCAGGUUCUGGGCAGGAUCACUGUGGAAAAAGCAGAGGACGAUCUUCAAGCCCAAAGAAGCAGCAAAAGACUGAAGGCAGCAAAGGCCGACCAAAUACUGAAGCCAGAGGACUAGAGUCUGAGAGUCAGAGAGGAGGGGGCCGCGCUAGGGACGGUGCUGAGCAGAUCUCGGACGGCAGGGAAGGAUCAGGUGCUGCCAGGAAAGACACAAAGCAGAGCCAGUCUGGGAAAAACAGAACAAGGUCCCCAGAGAAAAGAAGCAAGAGAACGGAUGAAAAGUCUCUUCCGCCCAAAAAGACUAGUAACACUGCUAGUAGACCAGAGUCUGAGCAGGAAGAAGGAAAGAAGGCCACCGUGGGAGAGACAAGUUCUAGCAAGGAGAAAACAGGAGAAAAUGUCAAAAAAUCAGAAAAGCUGAAGCAGGACCCUGAAGAAAGGAUGGUUUUAAACAAAAUGGAAGACCCCCGAGGAAAAGAACAAGAGGCAGCCGACAAAAACAGAGAGGGUGGAGGGUUCCAACCUGAGAGCGCUUCUCCCGUUAGGAAAACACCAAUCACUCCAGGGCCCUGGAAGGUGCCAAGUGCAAAUAAAGCCACAGGCACUACUGGUGUGGCCGAGAAACGGCUGUGACCUUUGGUAUAAAACAAAGAAAAACAAGUCGUAAUUUUUCCUUUCUAAAAAGCGGCAUUUUUCAAAAACAAAAGUCAUUUUUUUUUUUUUCAGAAAUUCUGAAACACACACAUUUUACUCUGAACAUCAAGUUACCCAGGCUGCAUGAAGGGCCUUCAGGACUGCUAAGGACCAACCGUCCCCCGGCUGGCUGCCCUCCUGCGCGCUCAUCCGACAUGCCCGGCUCGGGUGCCCCGGCCCGUCGCCGUGAGUGUCCAUGCUGAUGUGCACACAGUGUGGUCACAACUCACUUUAUAUCUGUGCCAAGUUAUCUACUGUAUCACAUGUGUUGUAUCCGUCUUACUCAGAUAAUUCCACAGUAAUGAAAAAACUAGGUUUGGCUUGGAAGUUGAUAUCCUCAAUAGCAUGCUGCAUGUUUACAGAGAGAAAUAUUUGAGUCCUUGCAGAAGAAGGGAUUGUUAGCUCGUCAUUAAAGAUGGCG